GCGCGAGCACAGACUGGAGAGAGAGAGAGAGAGCGAGCAGCAGCAGCGCGCGGACACGGCACAGCAGCGCAGGUCCAACGGCUCGUGGAGAACGUUGACUCAACGUCCGCAGGAGGAAAAGGAAGAAAAGAGACCGGCGCCAGGAGGAGUUUUAGAGUAAAAGCCCGCGGACUGUCCUCCCUCCUCUCUCCCGCCGGUAUCGAUCCUUCAGCGGCUGAUUAGCGAGCAGAUCCCCCCCCACCCCCCUACUCUACUCUCGACGCUUGUUGACUCGAGACUUCAGGAAGGAAAAGUGGGCGCGUGGAUCUGUGACGAGGCAGUGCAAUGGCUCACCUCAUCAUGGAGGGCAAAGAGAAGGCACCAGAGCCCCAGCUGAAGGGCAUAGUGACGCGUCUGUUCAGCGAGCAGGGCUUCUUCCUGCAGAUGCAGCCUGAUGGAGUCAUCAGUGGGAACAAGGACGAGAACAGCGACUACACGCUGUUUAACCUGAUCCCGGUGGGUUUGAGGGUUGUGGCUAUGCAGGGAGUGAAGGCUGGACUCUACAUGGCCAUGAACGCAGAGGGAUACCUCUACACAUCAGAUAUCUUCACAGCAGAGUGUAAGUUUAAGGAGUCUGUGUUUGAGAACUACUACGUCAUCUACUCGUCCACGCUGUACCGGCAGCACGAGUCUGGCCGCGCCUGGUUCCUCGGCCUCAACAAGGACGGGGUCGUCAUGAAGGGGAACCGCGUCAAGAAGACCAAGCCCUGCUCGCACUUCGUCCCCAGACCCAUCGAAGUCUGCAUGUACAAGGAGCCGUCGCUGCACGAGCUGGAGGAGAAGCUGCUGAAGUUGUCGCGGAGCCCGACGAUGAACGGCGAGGAGCGGCCGGACGCCGAGCCAGCAGAGGAGGAGCCGGAGGACGACUGCACAGAGCGGGACGGAUUAUAGCCUGCAGCGCCCAACCCCUGCAGGCCGAACUCCCAUUUUAACACUCCCUCUGUUCAGCAACAAAAGCAACUACAACGACAACAAACGCCAUGACGACGACUACGCCGGCGACAACGAAGAAAACAAAGCUAAAAAAAAAGCUAAAAAAGAAAAAAAAGUGGAAAAAAUCUUCUCGCUCAUGUUGAAAUAUUUUAAAUCUGCCGGGGAA